AUGUUCGGCUCAACGUCGUCCGCACCCGCGACCGGGUCUACACUCGGUCGAUCCGCGUCCUUCUCCUUCUCGCAACCCCCAGCGAACAAGCCUUUCUCUGGCACAACAGGCGGCUUCUCCUUCGGCGGCGGCGCCAACAACAGCACAACUACAAGCACAGCAGCAGCGAACCCAGGCACCGCUGCGGCAGCUCCAGCUACAGGUGGCUUUAGCUUCGGUGCCAAGCCUGCUACCACCACGACUGCGCCCACACUCGGCGGUGGAGGUCUGUUUGGUUCCACCACAACAACACAACAGCAGCAGCAGCAGCCAGGACAACAGACGCAGCAGCCACAACAGACAGGCUUCGGAGGUGGACUCUUUGGUGCGUCGAACAACACAGCGUCGACGUCGACCGGUGGGCUAUUUGGCAAGCCUGCUGCCCCUGCGGCUGGCGGCUUCUCGUUUGGCGCCAGUAACACAGCGUCUACAUCUACCGGGGGGCUCUUCGGCUCGUCCACUCAGCCAGCGCAACAGCAGCAGCAGCAACAGCAACAGCAACCGUCGACAUCGCUCUUCUCGUUCUCGCAGCCACAACAGCCGCAGCAGCAGCAACAACAGCAAUUUGGCAACGCUUUCCAGUCCAAUCCAUCGCAACCACAAAUGAACCAGGUCGCCGCAUCACCCUUCGCGCGGUUCGGCUACUUCCAAAAGGAACGCUUCAACGACCUGCCCGACGAUGCCAAGAAGCUCAUUGAGGAGCUCGAAACACACAUCUCUUCGCAGACCCAACUGAGGGACGAGCUGAAGACCAAGAACUUUGGGUCGGAGAUCCGCAAGUGUGCGUCAGAAUGGCAUGAACUCGACUCGGCGCUCAAGUCGCUCUCCGCGACACUGGAUACGGACGAGCACCAGACUGUCGAUGUAGGCCGUCUGCUCGAGCGCGACCGAGCCACCACCUCGACGCUGUACCCCAUCCUCGUCAAUGCCAAGGAGCCGCGCGGGGCGUCGGACGGCGCGUCGUUCGUCGAGUGGCUCGAGCGCUACUUUGCCGAUCUUGCUGCAGAGUAUCGCGAUCGCAUCGCGCGCUACUCGAGCACGGUCGAGACCAUUCAGCAUCAUCUAACGUCGCUGAGCAGCAGGGAGACGUACACGCCGCAGGCGAUUUCGGAUGCGAUCCACGCGCAGCACGAGAGCUUCAUGGCAUUGGCAGGACAGGUGGCAGGACUGCACGCGGAGGUGGACGCGCUCAAGAAGGAUUAUGCACGGUGGUACAAGCAGGUCAACAAGAGCGUGCGGGAUCCGUUUGGGAGUAUGAAUGCCUUGGCGGGGAGCGUGCCGCCAGCGUCGUAG